AUGUCAGCGAGAAAGAAAUUAGCGGAAGACGUGAUUCAAAAUCUUGUAGAUAAUCUUGAGGAUAUUUCCGACUUGUCGGAAUGUGAUGAGAAUGAUGACCCGUGUUGGGGAGAUUUUGUUUCUAGUCCUGCAGAUUCCUGUAUAAGUUUACCAGCAGAACAGGUCCUUGAAAGACGUCUAGAGGAAAUGUUUGGACCAGAAGUCAAUUACGAAGACGUUGUUCCAGGGACAGAAGUUAUAGAGCAACAAAAUGUCAAUCUUUUAGAAAUUUUAGAGUCGAGCUGUAAUCACAAUAUUUCUCCGGUACCUAGUCUAGAUUUAUCUUCUUCGAUGUCAUGCUUGCAACAAAGUAUUCCACUAGCAAGUAAACAAAAUCCUUUACUUACUGAUCAGGACGUGCUUACAAGUGAAGAACCAGCCGAUAGCUCUGCUUCUUUAUUUAUUAACACAAAUCUGCAAAGCAAUCAGUUAGCGUGUGUGCAAGACCUUGUGACGUCCAAUGUUUCCGAUUCUGGCAGAUCUGAAUUUAUAGUCGCAGAAAGUAACUCGUCCACUCAACAAAACCAUCAUCGCCACGCACGCAGAGACCGAAUUUUACCACGGGACUGGAAAACUGUAGCUGAUCUCCGCACCAUCCCUUUGUUUGAUAAAAAAGCUGAGCCACAUAAACAUUACACUCAUAAAACACAACCCAUCGAAGUUUUUCAAUAUUUUUUCCCCGAUUAUGUUGUUGAAAUAAUUGUUGAGCAAACAAAUGGAUACACACAUCAAAAAGAAGUAAUCAUUGGACACCCGUUUCUAGCUAAGAAAUCAAAGCUUAUCUUGGAGUUCUUGUAA